AUGGCAAGACCAUCGAAGGCAGGCAAGUCCGCCAAGUGGACGGACGAACUCGACGCCGAGUUUGUGGUCUUAUAUGCCGAAGCAGCAGCAAAGAGCGUAUACGUUGCAAGUGGUGGAAAGCAGCUCAAAUCCAAGGGAUUGUCCGAUCUCAUCGUGCGCCUUGUUUUCGGGGACGGCUUGGUUGGCGUGUCUGAAGAUACGUGGGGUGAGCUGGACAAGCACCCAAGAAGCAUGCCGUUGUCGCGCUUCCGGGAACGGCCAUUUCUCCACUAUGAUGCUAUCGCAGAGAUAGUAGGUGACGCGAUGGCAAUUGGGGAGUACAUUCGUGGAAUACCCACGGCUGGAGCUGAGAUGGCAGCUUCGGGGGUCUUCGACAUGUCGGAACCGGAUGUGUUAUCGUUCUCCGCUGCCCAGAAGCGUAGGAAGCUAAUCAAUGACAGCAUGAAGCAAAAGCGCAUAGAAAGAGAUGAAGAGUCGGCUGCGUCAUUGGCGAUCAAGCAAAAGAAUAGUGACACGCUGGCAUCGAUGUGCGCCACGAUGCAGAUGAUCACAAAGAUCUUGGCUGCUAAAAACAACCUCCAGCACUUACUUGAUAACGAGAUUAUAUUCUUCGAAUUGUUUGUAUUGGGAUCCAAAUAUUUCCUAGUGUGGUCGUGUGGGUACGAGUAG